UCAAGUUAUAACAUAGUCUGUCGCGAAUCGCGCGAACUUGUAGGUAACAAAGGUAAACGACGGUAUUCAUAUAUAAUAAUAGGAGGGUAGUUGUAAUAUUCUCUGGUGACACAUGUCACUAGUGACAGCCGCUGUCAGACAAACGAUCGAGAACGGCAGACGGGCGAGCACGCGGCGCAGUCUUAUCGUUUGAAGAGGAAGGUUAGCGCGGAUUUGUGUCACGAUUAAAGUGGCUUGUGCAUUUGUGUAUAUGUAUAUUGAGUAGAUAGUUAUAACACCAUGGAGGAGGUAGUCAAAACUCGACUAAAGUUACUUAUAGAUCAUGUCGAGUCUUUGAGUGUUUCUGCUCAGGAGACGUUAGAAAAGUCACAGCUUGGCGAAGUAUCGGAGCAGGAGGUACAGUUGGUGGCUGCUAAGCUUAAGGCAUCUAUCGAUCGUUUUAUUUCUGAAAUGUACAAUUAUUACAAGUUGAUUGACAAUCCUUCGGUAGACGAUUUGUCUCAAUACACGUCGAUUCAAAUUAAAGGCGAAGAGCUCGUUGCUGAACUAGAAGUGCGGUUGAGGCGAAGAGAAAAAAGUAGUGACACGUCUAUUGCUAAUACUGGCAACCUUAACAUAACGAGUAAACUACCAAAAAUGGAGUUGGCAAAAUUUGAUGGUGACGUAUUGAAGUGGCAUACUUUUUGGGAUCAAUUUUCUUCGAACGUUGAUACGCGGAAUAUUAAUGAUGUAGAUAAAUUGUUAUAUCUUCAAUCGGUAUUAGAGGGUGAGGCUAAGCGUGCAAUAGAGGGCUUAGACACUACCAACAAGAAUUAUGCUAUAGCGGUAUCGACAUUAAAAGAGAGAUACGGCAAACCGGGUAUUAUUAUCGAUGCACAUUAUGCUGCAAUAUACAGAAUUAAGGCAGCUGACAAUUCAGUUCUAGAUUGUCGAAGAGUUUUUAAUGAAAUCGAAAGGCAUCUUCGGGUACUAAAUUCAUUAGGGGAAGACGUCAAUCAUAACCAUCUUAGAGUCAUGAUAAUGCAGAAAUUUUCACAGGAUUUGAUUUACGAGUUAAGAAUGAAAAUGGGUACUGAUACUGAUACUAUAGAGAACAUACGUAAAUAUUUAGGACAUAUCAUAUCAGCUAGGGAAGCGUCGAAUAGAAUGAAAGUGGAGGCAGUUGCUUUAGAAACUCCUGGUACGAGUAAAGACGGUGAUGAUAAGUUUACUUUAAAUAGUCUACAUGUUCGAGUAGAUAAGGAUAAAGAGAGAUAUAACUCCCAACGGCGCAUGCGACCAUUUUCAAAGCAGAGAGAAGAAAGCAUUAGGAAAAGUGCAUUUAAAAGGCCAGAUUCUAGAAGAAAUUUCAUGGAUGGCAAUUUCAUGGACAGGGUUAACAGAAGGAAAAGACAUUUAGACAAGGAAGAUGCAGGUAAUAUAAAAGAGUCAGAAUUCAAAAGGAAGAAAGUUAGUUGCAUGUUUUGUGGUAAAAAUCACUUUAACGACGAAUGUGAUGUAGUAAAGUCCGUUCAGGAUAGAAAACGUAGAUUAGAAGGUCGUUGUUACGUUUGUUUUUCUAAAGGUCACAAAGCAUCUGAUUGUAAGUCAAAGAUGAAGUGCAGACACUGUGAUUCGUACGGAGAACACAAUCGAGCGCUAUGUCCUUCACAACUAUCGGCGAAAACUGAUAGUUUUCACGUUAACACGUCUGUAGGGCGAACUAUUUUGCAGACCGCUGUAGUUCGAGUGAAGAAGAUAGGAAGUGACAAUAUAUAUAGGGAUUGUCGAGUUCUUCUAGACUGUGGUAGUCAAAGAACGUAUAUAACCAGCAAGGUGGCCAAGAUAUUGGAUUUACCAACCCUGGAAGAAAAUCGACUGUCGGUAUUCACCUUCGGUGCAAGUCACCCGCAAGAAAUCGAAAGUCCAGUGGUAAAUUUUGAAAUUUUUUCUAAGACCCACUAUCAUAAGGUUAUGUAUGCCAAUGUAGUUCCUCAUAUCACAAAUAGCGUUCCUACCCCGAACAAACUAUGGAAGGGCGAUCAUCCUAAGCACAUGAUUAUGGCCGAUGAUGGCACAAGUGGUGAUCAAGUCGACAUACUAAUUGGAAACGAUUAUUACCACUCUAUUAUGUCCCACGAAAAAAUUCGUAUCUCAGAAGAUUUAUAUAUGGUUAACUCCGUUCUUGGCUGGAUAGUUUCCGGAAGAUUUAAUUCCGCGGGGGACAAAGUUGUAGAUAAGUUGUCAUGUAUAACUUAUUUUCAAUCAAGUAUGGGAUGUUGUCCAUUUAUUGUACCUGAUCCGCCAUUACAAAGUGAUAAUAUUAGGAGGUUAUGGGACUUAGAAUCUAUCGGCAUCACAGAUUCCCCAAAGGCAAGUCGAGAUGAGGAAGCUAUUAGGCAGUUCAAUGAAACUACAGAGUAUAUAGAGGGCAGAUAUCACGUUAAGUGGCCAUGGAUUGAUUAUCCACCCUCCUUACCUUCUAACUUUGGCUUAGCCUGUGGUAGAUUAUCAAACUUACUGAAACGACUAGAUAAUAACGUCUUACAAACCUAUGACAAUCUUAUCAAAGAACAGUUAAGUAUGGGUAUCAUUGAGUUCGCUCCAAAUGUCCUACCGAAUGUCGAACAUCCAGUACAUUACCUGCCACACCACUGUGUAGCGCAAGGAGAGAAACUGCGCAUUGUGUACGACGCAUCCGCAAAAACGAAAGGAAAUAAAAGUUUAAAUGAAUGUUUGUAUCGCGGGCCACUUAUGCUAGAAGAACUAACUGGACUCCUGUUACGAUUUAGACAACACCGGAUUGGCAUUGUUGCUGAUGUUGAGAAGGCAUUCUUGCAAGUCGGUUUGCAAGAUGCAGAUCGUGAUGUUACGCGAUUUUUGUGGCUCAAAGACCUCGAAGGUAACGUAUCAGCCGAUAACUUAUUGCAUUUUCGGUUCUGUAGAGUUCCUUUUGGAAUCAUAUCGAGUCCCUUUUUACUAAACGCUACAGUUAGAUAUCAUUUGAUGAAAAUCGAAAUCCCAAUGCUGAAACAAAUUGCGGAGGAUUUAUAUGUGGAUAAUUUAGUAACCGGCUCACAAUCCUUUCGGGAAGGGACUCAGUUAUAUAAAGUAGCCAAGAAGGCCUUUGAUGAUUUGUCAAUGAAUUUGCGACAGUGGAAUUCAAAUUUAGGGGAAUUUCGUGAAACGAUACCUUCACAGUUUCUUGACAAAGAAACGGAUUGUAUUAAGGUAUUAGGUUUACAGUGGGAUUUACGGAAGGAUCAGAUGAGGCUGAGGUUCAGUUUAGAGGGAAAAGAUCUUAACCAGAUGAACACAAAGAGAGAAGUGUUAAGACUUAUAGCGUCGGUAUUCGAUCCUUGUGGGUUUGUAGUUCAACUAGUGUUACCCGCUAAGAUAUUUUUACAAAGAUUGUGGUCUGAAAAGGUUCAUUGGGAUACUCCACUGAAAGAAGAUGCACUUCACGAAUGGAGAACUAUUAUAGACACGUUAGACUAUAUAAAAUAUAUAGCUGUGCCAAGGCAUUAUGAGACUUGUUUGGUAGCAGAUAAUGAGGUUGAAGUAAUACGUGAAUUGCACUGUUUCACGGAUGCGUCGUUACAAGCUUAUGCUGCAGUUGUAUACAUGCGUAGUACGUACAAAGAUAGAAAUGUUGUCAGUUUUAUUAUAGGAAAAUCACGUUUAGUAGAGAGAGCUGAACAGUCUAAUUUGCAAAUACCAAAGCUUGAAUUAUUAGGGGUUGUAAUAGGCAGCAGAUUGCUACGUUAUGUAAUGAAAUUUCUUAGAUUAAAUAUUCUAAAUCAAUACUUGUGGACGGACAGCCAGAUUGUAUUAAAUUGGUGUACUUCAGAGAAACUCCUACCACCAUUUAUCUCGAAACGAGUGGACAAUAUUAAGCAGAAUCGUGAGCUUCGUUUGCGAUAUGUACCUACUCAAAUUAAUCCUGCUGACGUAGCGACGAAGUGCAGUGACUCUUGGAUGAAUGACAUGAAGAGGUGGCUAACGGGUCCAGAUUUCUUGACACGUUCGAUACACCACUGGCCUAAAAAUGCUACCGAGGUAGUGUGUUCUCAAAUUUCCUCGGCUGGGGAGGGUCUUUCAGAAACUCCAGAGGUUCAAGAUCAGAACAAUGUAAUACCUUGCCAUGGACCCUACAACGAAUAUUCCGGCAUAGUAGAUAGUCCAGUCGUUGAGGCAAAUAUGCCCGGAAAUGUCACUGGUGAAACAGCUUCCCUUAAGGAGUUCUCGAUACUUCCUGAAGAUCACAUUGAAGAAAUCUUGCGUAUACAACUGUUAUACUUUCCGAAGGAGACGCGAGGUGAGUCUACGGAUCUUAAAAGGUCAUUGGGGCUGUUUCUAGACACGAAAGGAAUACUGCGCUGUGGUGGUAGGUUCCAACAUGCAGACUGGCCAGAGAAUCAGAAACAUCCUAUCCUUCUUCCAAAAGACGAUCAAUUCACCAUUAAAAUAAUUGAGAAGAUCCACGUCUUAAAUUAUCAUGUGGGUGUCUCGCAUACUUUAUCUGCAAUCAGGUUGCAUUAUUGGGUGCCGCAUGGACGGUCGCAGGUUCAAAAAGUGCUGCGUCGUUGUCAAGCUUGUCGGAAGCAAGGAGGAGGGCCUUUUAAGCUGCCACCUAUGGCUCAGUUACCACCAGAGAGAGUUAGAUAUCAAGAACCUUUCUCGUUUGUAGGGAUUGAUUAUUUUGGUCCAUUGACAGUGGAGACGAAAGGCUCCAACGAAAAACGCUGGGUUUGCCUAUAUACAUGUUUAGCGGUACGAGCCAUUCAUUUGGAAGUAGUACAAGAGCUAACAGCGGAGCAAUGUCUACUGGCUUUGAGAAGGUUUAUAUCUACUAGGGGAACUCCUAAAAUGAUUAUGUCGGAUAAUGCUCUACAGUUUAAAUUAACUUCGGAUGUUCUUAUUAAUGGUUAUUGCAUUGAGAGGGGUAUCAAAUGGAAAUUUAUUCCCGAGCUUGCGCCAUGGUUCGGAGGAUUCUAUGAAAGAUUAAUAGGAAUAGUGAAGAGUUGUUUAAAGAGAACUUUGGAAAAACAUAUUUUAAAUGACACACAAUUGUGCACUAUUAUGAAAGAGGUUGAAGCAGUUGUCAACUCCCGUCCGUUGACUUUUGUCGGUAGCGAACCGGAACACAUUUUAACGCCUGCUGAUUUUUUGAGGAACGGCGGACCUUUAGUGAUGGAAGCGACGGAAGAAGAAUUUGUACUGCCAGCCACUGCGACCAAGGCUAGCCUCAUUGAAGGUUGGAAACGAGGACAGCGCAUCCUGCAAGAAUACGUAAUGAUGUUUAAAAAUAAUUACCUUACAAGUCUUAGGGACCGUAAACACUCCCAUCGUCAACCCAGAGUUGUUGUUGAUACGAUACCAAAAGUUGGAGACACGGUACAGAUCAAAGGAGAUUCCAAUAGAUCCUUAUGGAAGGUCGGUAAGAUUUGUGCUGUGAUUAAGGGUUCAGAUGGGCAGAUACGGGUUGCCAAAGUAGCCACUUCUCCAAAUGAAACUCUUACGAGAUCAAUUGCACAUUUAUACCCCUUAGAGGUCAGUGACACCGAACAUAAAACGCCACCUGCACUAUUGAGAGAGUCCGAUCAGUUGCCUACGCCUCCUGAAAAUAAUAGGACGAAUAUAGAACCACAAUUUGCACAGGCUACUGUCCGUGAGACAAACGAUUCUACGACAUCGGGAGUGGAUGCCUCUCCCAGUAGACCACGGCGACUAGCGGCUCAGAAGGCAAGGGACAAAGUAAAAGAAUGGACAUCGCAACUUCUGUUUAACGUACGCUGUAUUCCCAAUGAUGAUAUUGUGAUUUAGAUGAUUUCAUAUUAUAAAGCUGAUUCAUUGUA